AUGGAAGAAACUUGUGAUAUUUAUACAGCCAAGGUUAAGUCAUUAGGCAAGACCUCACCAGCCUCAUUAAACUCCAACAGAUCUUUAGUAUUAACCAAAAAUGAAUCGAUAGUGGCAAGUGAAAAUAAGAUUAUUAAAGUUAAAGUCGAUUUACCAAAAAUUGAAAAAAAAAUAUUUUCUAAAAUUAAAGGUAUACCAUCACCAUUUAAAAUUGACACAGUCGAAGAGAAACUAUACGAAACUAAAUUAAAGCAUGAAAUCCAAUCAAUUUCAUCAACAGAGGAUAAUAAAAGAGUAUCAGCUAUUGAUUCAAGUGGUAGCUGUUGGAUUGCAGACUAUCAUCAAUCAGAUUUAGUAAAUUCAUUUACAAUUGAUUCAUCAAAGGGCGAAAGUGAUGGAUUUACAGAAUUAGGUUGGGCAGGUUUGUCAUUCAAUACAUCGGAUCAAUCUAUUUUUGCAAGAACUCAAUUCUAUCAAAAAAGAAUCGAAAUUUUUAAAGGUGAUCAAUUAGCACAAUCUAUUCAAUUAAUCCAAAAUCCAACCCAAAUCCAAUAUUUUAAUCACGAAAAAUCAAAUAGCGCUCUUUUAGCUGUUACUGAAUUUAAUCAAUUAAAAAUUUAUGACCCAAGACAAUCAACAAAUAAUUCAUGUAUUCAAAAGUUUACCCCAUCAACUAAUUGGUUAUAUUCAAUUGGUAUUUCAACAAACUUUGAAUAUAUUGCAGUAGGUGGUGCUAAUAGAACAGUCAGUGUUUUUGAUACAAAGAAAUGGAGCAAUUGUGGUAAUUGGAAGAAUUGUUUAAAAUAUGAAAUUACAUCAAUUCAAUUUUCAAAUAAAAAUCCUUCAAUCUGUUAUGUAGGUGGAUUGGAUUCAGAGGUAUUAGCAGGUGAAUGGAAUGGAUCAAGUGGUGUCGAUCAUUUUACAGGUUUAAGAGUAGACUCUAGAUGGUUAGGUUUAUCAAAAUUAAAGAAUGAAGAGUUUAUAUUUGGUUUUACAGGUUCAUCUUCCAUUUAUUAUAUAAAUAAUUGCGAAAAGUUAUUCCAAAGCACUUAUAAAACAACAAACAGCAGAAAAAGCCACACAAACAUAAACGAAAUUUUUAAUGACCAAAAUACUGAAGAUUCAUCCAUUACAGGUAAAGCUAGAACAUUACAAGAUUCCCCAAAAGGUGUUAAACACCCAUCAAAAAAAUUAAAGAAAGAAGACAACAUAUAA